GUUGCUGUUUCGCUGUUUGCAUACAUGACAAGUGUGAAGAAGUCGAGUAUGAUUGCAGAAGAGACGGUUGAUGGCUAAUGCUGGAGCGUCGUCGAUGAUGAACCGCUUCUUCCACAGCCGUGUUAACUCUUCCCAUGUGAUCUUGUCCUUCAGAUCUGCAACGUCGACGCCAUGGGUGGCUGCCAGGUACCUCGUUGAUGGAGCUGGAGCGAUGGCGCCACAGGCUCGCAUAUCAGUGGCAGAAUCUCGUUACAAGGGUGAUGUUGGCCAAGCGGAACAGGAUGGAAGGGCUCGUAGGGAUACAGCUAAUCUUGAGGCCAGAACAGUCAUUGUCGAAAAUGAAAGGCUGGCUCACAUGGAGCAGUCAACAGCACAGCUUGAGGUUAAGCAAGCAGGGUACAAAGGACAGGUGGAAGUGGCUCAAGUGGAGUCAGCAGCUGCAGGUAAAAUCAGGAAUGUGGAGCUCCAGCUCAAGGUGGAGGAGGGAAGGAUGCUGACUAAUACUGGAAAGCACCGGGCAUCCCUCGUGUCACAGGCAGCAGCAGAAAAAGAAAGUGUAAUACAGACAGCCGUCAUGGACCAGAAACCGGGGGAAACGGCGGAGGCAUAUCAGGACCGCAUGCUGGCUUUGAUCAUAGAAGCCAAGCAGCGGGCGGAUGCAGUAGCAGCCGCAGAGAAGAAGAAGGCGGAGGAUGCCGAGCAGGCACGACUGCUAGCUCUUGAACAGCAGAGUCUGCAAGCCGAGGCAGCAGCGAAGGCUGCAGAUGAAGAACGAUUGAAGCGGCGUGAGAAAAUUUUCAGUGGGGAGCAAGCAUUACUCACAUUGGCAGCGGAAUGGCGAACUGAGGCGGAGACAGGGAAGAUGGAGGAGAGCGAGACCAAGAUUGCCCCCCUCCUCCUCUCCCAUCUCACGGACCUCCUAGCGACAUGCAUCGCGCAGCAGGAGGGCAUUCACAACCUCGAUGCCGAAGUCAAGAGUGUUCGCAGCCGCGUACAGCAGCUGGAGCAACGACCAGCCGCCGCCCCUGUGGCAAGCUCCUCCAACACAUCAGACCGCCUGGACGCAUUGGAGACUGACGUCAGCACACUCAAGGACGGCGCACGACUACAACAAACCGCUACUCAACAAUUGGAGCAGCGGGUCUGUGCUGCCGCCGCCAGCCCGAGUUCGGGACAGCGCGAGUCAACUCCCAAGUUUGACGGUCAGGAGAUCUUCUGCAAUUCAACAAAGACGGAUCCAGUUCAGUGGCUACGCAAGUUUGAACUCACGUUGCAGCUGCACCUCGUCAGCGAGUGCAAGCACCACGCGUACUUAUACUCCCGGUCGGGAGGCGCAUGCCAGGCAUGGCUGGACAAUCUCUUGUCCCAGUACGGGGUGGUCGCUGCCGAGUUACACACGAAGAUCAGCUGGGAAGACCUCAAGGCGGCGUGGCACAAGCGGUUCCAAGUGGAGCCGCCGAAGAUCAAGGCCAUGGACAAGCUCAUGACCUUCGAGCAAGGCUCGCUGCCAAGCGUCGACUGGAUUGCCGAGUACCAACGCUUGACAUCCGUCCCACGUCUCUCGAUGGGCUUCAAAGCCAUCAAGCACUACUUCAUUUCGAGGUCGUGCCCGACGUUGAGCAACGCCUUGACGCAUGUCGAGGACACACUGACAACGACGGCGCAACUGUUCGACAAGGCCGCACAGAUUAUCAUCACGAACAAGGAGGCGAAGAACCUCACUGGUGCUACGGCAGGCCCGAGCAAGGACCAGCAUCGGCCCAAGGUGGCCGUGGUUGUGGCGGCAUCGCCAAGCAGCCAAUCUAGCGAGGCGGAGUCUGCCAAUGAAGGAGACAGACUCGCAGCUUCCCGUGAUGGUGGCCGCCCCGGCCGAGGCCGAGGACGCGGCAAAUCGAAGACAAACACCACAUCAAACCCCGGGCCCGGCGCAGCAGCUCAGGGGCCCUGGACCCCCUACGGUCUUUCGGAGCAAGCUUACAAGCAACGCACGAAGGCGCAUGCGGAAGUCGACAGUCCUAUUCUCUAUUCUUUUGAGGACUAUGCUGCCCGACUCGUUCCGGCGCUGGGAUCUUUUGCUCAAGGACAAGAUGUGUGUGCGGCAUCUUCUCCGUCCGACAACGGUUCUUCUUCAUCUUCAAGUGGUUCUUCACGGGAUUCGGUGCGCGGGUUCAACAUAGAGGAAUUGGACCCGCUCAAGUCUGGGGAUUUCGCAUGGCUUCCUCUCCCGACCACGGGCCGCUUACCGGGACCGCWAUGCGCARCACUCUGUGCCCAUCUUCACAAGUACUUGUCCUUCUAUGCACCACCAACUUCGCCGACGGAUGACGAGGUCGCGGUGGRGGACAUCUUGGCAUAUGUUACCAAGGUGGCCCGCGAGUUUCGCACGCAGCGGUACGACGACAAUAAUGCACCGCUGAUGUAUGUCCGCAUCCAAGUUGGGCAGGCGUCCUGCAACGCUUUGCUGGAUAUCGGCGCGACUCGCAACUUCAUGAGCCAAGCUUUUAUGCAAAGGGCUGGCCUCGGCGCGCAGGUUCGGAGGAAGGCAAACCCGACGGUGAUCAAGUUGGCGGAUGGAAAGACGCAGCAACUUCUCGACCGUUACAUCGAGGUCGUACCGGUGUACUUCGCACCUCAUGCAUGCGAACCGGUCACGUUCGACAUCUUGGACACGAACUUCGAUAUCAUUCUGGGAAUGCCUUGGCUUGCAAGUGCGGAUCACACGGUCAACUUUCACCAGCGGACUCUCACCGUUCGCGACGCCUUCGGCGCCGAGGUGCCGUGUACUAUUCCUCUUCCGCACCCUUCGAUCCGGUGCCAAGUCAUUUCGAUACGCCCGAAUGAUUGCUACAAGACCGCAUUCAAGACGCGGCAUGGGCAUUUUGAGUGGGUGGUCAUGCCUUUUGGCCUCACCAAUGCCCCGGCAACCUUCCAGGCGGCCAUGACCCACGAGUUCCGUGCUAUGUUGGAUCGGUUCGUGCUGGUCUACCUAGACGACAUUCUCGUCUACAGCCGGACUCUGGAGGACCAUCUUGAGCAUCUUCGACGUGUGUUGGAGACGCUCCGCCAUGCCAAGUACCAAGCCAACCGCGACAAGUGCGAGUUUGUCCGGCAAGAGCUUGAGUACUUGGGCCAUUUUGUCACACCAGAGGGCAUCAGCCCGCUAUCGGAGAAAAUUCAAGCCAUCCAGGAGUGGCCGGAGCCGCGUAACGUCACGGAUGUUCGUUCGUUUCUUGGUCUUGCCAGCUACUAUCAGCGCUUCAUCAAGGGCUAUUCGAAGAUCGCGGCCCACUUGACCAAGCUUCAAUGCGAGGAUCGGCCGUUUGACUUCRACGAGGAUGCGCGGGAAUCUUUCUUGGCUCUCAAAGCUGCACUUUUGUCAGCGGAGGUCUUGCGAAUCUACGACCCGCUAUUGCCCACACGCGUCACUACUGAUGCGUCCGGCUAUGGUAUUGGCGCUGUUCUCGAGCAACACGAUGGCGUGGACUGGCACCCGGUCGAGUAUUUCAGCAAGAAGGUGCCCGCUGUGCACUCUAUUGAUGACGCGAGGAAGAAGGAAUUAUUGGCCUUCGUACACGCACUCAAGCGCUGGCGGCAUUUCCUUCUUGGUAUACGGCAGUUCCGAUGGGUAACGGACAACAAUCCGUUGGUCUUUUACAAGACCCAGGACACAGUCAACAGCACCAUUGCGCGGUGGAUGGCCUUCAUUGACCAGUUUGACUUCUUCCCCGAUCACAUUCUGAGCAAGUCAAACCGUUUUGCGGAUGCUCUUUCACGACGUUCGGACCAUUGCACCGCCGUCUACUCGACUUUCGAGAUUGAUAACGACUUGCGGGACAAUUUUAUCCGCGGCUACCAGGCUGACCCCGAGUUUCGCGACAAGUACGCAAAUUGUUCCUCGCCCAAUCCGGCACCUUCUCACUAUCGGAUCGAGGAGGGAUAUUUGCUUGUCCACUCGCGGGGGAAGGAUCUUCUUUGCGUACCGAGUGACCCUCACUUGCGUACACGGCUUCUUGGCGAGUUCCACGAUGCUCCUGCCACCGGACAUUUUGGCGUCAAUCGAACGAUUGGCCGACUUCGCGAGCGAUUUUGGUGGCCCGGUCUUCUCGACGACCUCACACGCUACUGCGAGUCAUGCGAGAUUUGCCGACGUUGCAAAUCCCGCAAUCAUCGUCCGUAUGGCGAGUUGCGACCACUACCGGUUCCCUUGCGCCGACGGGAGGCGAUUGCCAUGGAUAUCACUACGCCAUUCCCCAAGCACAAGACCGGUGUGGAUGGGAUUCUCACGGUAGUCGAUCGACUCACCAAGUUUGCCAUGUUUUUGCCUUGUCGCUAUCAUGGCAAGGCACCAGAGUUGGCCGAGGUUCUCUACGCUGGUUGGAUUCGAACCAAGGGUUACCCCAAGGAAAUCGUCUGCGACCGCGACACUCGGUUCAUGUCUGAUUUUUGGUUGGCGCUCACCAAACGAUGGGGCUCAUCUCUCAAGCCUAGUUCAGCUCGCCACCCUCAGACGGAUGGCCAGACGGAGAGGGCGCACCAGACGGCACAGGUUCUCCUUCGCACUCUCAUCCGUCCCGAUCAGAAGGAUUGGGUUGAGCGGCUGCCGGAUGUCGAAUUGGCCUACAAUUCGUCCAUCCACCCGGCUAUUGGGAUGUCGCCUUUCGAGUUUGAGCAUGGCUCUCCGGUCACUUCUCCGUUGGACACCAUCGUUCCACACACGGCCGAGAGCGACCACCAUCUCCUUUUCUUGCGUCGGAUGCAAGAGCUUCUUGUCAAGGCACGCAAUCAGAUGGCAAAGACGCAGCAACGCAUGAGCCAGCAGGCCAAUCGCCAGCGUCUUCCUUGUCCAUUCCGCGUUGGCGACCUCGUGUGGGUUUCCGCCGCGGAAUUCAGCCUUGAGCAGGAUAUCUUUCCCAAGCUCCUCCCGAAAUGGAUGGGGCCAUGGCCGAUUGUAGCACCUGCUGGGGAUGCACCUGAGGGACCUUCCUUCACAGUUCAGGUGCCCGCCCACUUUCCCGUCUACCCGGUUUUCCAUUGCUCCAAGUUGGCGCUGUACACACCAGCAGACCAGGAUGACUUUCCCGGACGACGAUCGCAAGACCCACCCUCUAUGGACGGCUUUCAGGAGGUCGGUGACAUCAUUUCCCAACGACGCUACGGCAACAAGCCGACCGAGUAUCUGCUCAUCGGGCGACCUGUCAAGAUGGCGGCUCCGAGGCUCUGCUACAAUUGUGACAUGCCCGAGCAUUUUCAGCGCGAGUGCCCCUACCCUCGGCGGAAUGCUUUUCCAUCGCAAUCGCAUCUGGUCCCGCGACAACCUGCGCUUGCUGCCCUUCCCCCAUCCGACUCAUCGUCUGCUCCACCCAACUCUUCCUUCCCUGCUCAAGCUCCCCUGCUCGCUCUUCCCCCGCCUCCCGCUUCUUUCAAUCCAAGUUUCUCUGCCUCGGCGCAGGCUUUGGUCCCUAGGCCAUCUUGGUGGAAAAUGAAUCAAGAGAAGCUCAACCGAGUCUACGAAUUCAUGGCGGCGGAGCUGGAAGCAAGACAGGAGGCCAUCCGUGAGAAAGAGAGGCUACUGAAAGAAGAGGUGGAAAGGAGGAAGGUCCAAGAUGCAGAAGAAAAGGCGCACAAGAAGCAGAAGGAAAGACAAGAUUUCGAAGAGCGAAUCAGCACGAUCGUGGGUUCCAAGAUUAAUGACGCCUGUGAGUUGUUCCUAGGCCGGGCCGAUGGGGCGAAGGCGAUUUGUACGGACAACCUUCGUCGCAACAAAUUAAACGAAGAUGCGGAGAAGCAACGGUUGGAGCAUUAGAUUGACACUCUACGACUGGAGUGCGAGCGAAUCAAGAAGCAUAUGGACG